UGAUGUGACACUGAAAGUCACAUCAUUCAGUGGUGUGACACUGAAAGUCACAUCAUUCAGUGAUGUGACGCUGAAAGUCACAUCAUUCAGUGAUGUGACGCUGAAAGUCACAUCAUUCAGUGAUGUGACGCUGAAAGUCACAUCAUUCAGUGAUGUGACGCUGAAAGUCACAUCAUUCAGUGAUGUGACACUGAAAGUCACAUCAUUCAGUGAUGUGACGCUGAAAGUCACAUCAUUCAGUGAUGUGACACUGAAAGUCACAUCAUUCAGUGAUGUGACGCUGAAAGUCACAUCAUUCAGUGAUGUGACACUGAAAGUCACAUCAUUCAGUGAUGUGACGCUGAAAGUCACAUCAUUCAGUGAUGUGACGCUGAAAGUCACAUCAUUCAGUGAUGUGACGCUGAAAGUCACAUCAUUCAGUGAUGUGACGCUGAAAGUCACACCAUUCAGUGAUGUGACAAUGAAAGUCACAUCAUUCAGUGAUGUGACGCUGAAAGUCACACCAUUCAGUGAUGUGACAAUGAAAGUCACAUCAUUCAGUGAUGUGACACUGAAAGUCACACCAUUCAGUGAUGUGACACUGAAAGUCACAUCAUUCAGUGAUGUGACACUGAAAGUCACAUCAUUCAGUGAUGUGACGCUGAAAGUCACAUAUCAUUCAGUGAUGUGA